UUAUAUACUUUUGUUAAAAUCCCUAGAACCCUUCACCGCGCCAUUCAGAAACCCUGCACGGCACAAACACCGCAAAGUUUCUCCGAGCUUUUCAAUAUCAACGAACUCUCCGAUUCUUCAACUUCAAUCAUCUUAAACCCUAAUCGUUUUUUGUUUUUUAUUUUUAUUUUUAUAUAAUAUAUAUACUCAUUACUCUGUUAACAGUUCAUUUUGUUAGAGAAUUGUUUUUAGGUUGAAAUGUCGAUCGACGGAAGUUUCAGUGUUCAUUUGUCGCUUCGGAGAUUGCUCGAUCGUUGUCCAAAGCUUCAAUCUGUUCCUCAGAUUGCUUCGUUAGCACAAAAGGGGAACUUGGUUACGGAAGAGGAAGUGGUUAAUGCGUUACUGGGGGUUUUUCUGAAUCCUAGUUAUACAAUUCCAUUGAUGGGAUGUUUCCGGGCAAUUGCUAGAAAUUUUGUAGAUAAAGCUGUUGCUAUGCUUCGUUUGGUACCAAAUUUGAGGUCUAAUACCGUGGAUGAUGCUAUGGAAGUUGACUCUGACAUUGUCUUGGACGAUGUUGCCAAUUUUGUAGAUCACUAUGUAGGAAGGGGUCUUGAUCUUCAUGAGCACGUUUGUUUAGCAUUCUGUCGUGCUGUUGAGAUGAGUUCUUUUUCACUAAGUUCUGUAUUAAGCUAUUUCAAAUUCGCACCUGCUCCGUUUGAAAGAUUGUCAGGGAAACAAGUUAUGGUUGAGCCCCAUGGUUUGCGUGUUGCUCGCAUAUCAUACCGCUUUCUUCUUUUGAAACCUGAAAUUUUCUCAAAGCUUUGGGACUGGUCUUGUUUUCUGGAACUCCAGCCAUGCAAAUCAGACCUGAUAUGGUGCAGGGGUCAGAUAUUAAGAAUUGUGCUCAAAUCAGGUUCAAGAGCCAAUGAGAGCUUGAAUAUUGAAGCACAGGAAGCAUCUGCGUGUUUGUUGCGUUGGGAAGAGUUUUGUGGGGACACAGCACUAGAGAAAGCCGGUUGGUUUGUUGAACCAACAGCAGACUAUGUGUGUGAUUCUCCUAAUAGAAGCUUGGAUUUCAAUCAAGAGAUCUGUUUAAAUUCCUUAAGAUUUAAUUAUCAUCCUGUUGGUUCUCCAAAAGGCAACGGGUUGCAGCCACCUUUUGGGACCACACGGCUUGCCACAAGGGAUGAUAUAUCAGCAAGUUAUACAUUCACAUUGACAUCAGCAGUGAAGAAAAGUUAUGAAAGAGUUCUAUUGGCAGCAAGUCAGAAGUGGCCCGUUCUUUUAUGUGGUCCCUCUGGUUCUGGAAAAUCGACUCUUAUUGCUAAGCUGGCUGAGGAUAGUGGCAACCAAGUUAUAUCUAUCCAGAUGGAUGAUCAGAUUGAUGGCAGAACAUUGGAAGGGGGAUAUGUCUGUACAGAUAGGUCUGGGGAGUUUAGGUGGCAGCCUGGGUCACUUACUCAGGCUGUGCAGAAUGGAUUUUGGAUUGUUUUUGAGGAUCUAAACAAAGCACCAUCUGAUGUACACUCCAUUUUGUUGCCUUUAUUGGAAGGAGCAGAUUCAUUUAAGACAGGACAUGGGGAGGUCAUAAAGGUGGCAGAGAGUUUUAGGAUGUUUUCAACUAUUGCUGUUUCUGAGUUUGACUCUUUUGAGAGUGCAGGUCAAUAUGCACUUAGUGUCCUUUGGAGAAGAAUAAUAAUUCAACCACCGGAAAAUAAAGAUUUGCAAGAGAUAGUCAAAGCGAGGUAUCCUGAUUUGGGGCUUCAUGCAGGCAAACUCAUAGAAACCUUUGAAAGGGUCAACUCUAUUUCCAUGUUUCAAAUAGUGGGUUUCCACCCUGAAUGCUCUUCUGUCUAUUCUCUCGGCAGGUUCUCGUUAAGAGAUCUCUUGAAAUGGUGUAAAAGAAUUACCGGUUUAGGGUUUUGCUUUGAUGGUAGCUUGUCAGAAGAGCAAUGUAAUAAUAUAUAUACCGAGGCAGUUGAUGUAUUUGCGGCAUUUCCAGCUUCAUUUGAUAACCGAUUAUCAAUAAUGAAAGAGAUAGGAAAUAUUUGGAAAGCACGAGGUUCUGCUGCUGAGACCUUAUAUCCCCUCGACAAACCAAUAUAUCAGGAUUCUGUCAAAGGUUUAAAAAUAGGUCGAGUUUUCCUCCCAUGCAAAAAAGAACAUUUACAUGAACGCGUAAUACCAUUUGUUGCAAUCAGUAGUUCUUUGUUUGUAUUGGAGCGUAUAGCGUGCUCUGUCAAGCAUAAUGAACCUGUACUCUUGGUUGGAGAAACUGGUACUGGAAAGACUACCCUUGUUCAAAAUUUGGCUUUAAGGCUCGAUCAGAAGCUUACUGUUUUGAACAUGAGUCAGCAAAGUGAUGUUGCUGACUUACUUGGAGGAUUCAAGCCUGUGGAUGAACAGUUUGUGUAUUCAAAUCUUUGUCGGGAAUUUAUGGCUCUAUUUGCUAGGACAUUUUCUAAAAAGGAAAAUAAAGGAAUUUAUGAUAAUCUAGAGAAGUGUUUAUGUAACAAGAAUUGGGAAAAGCUACUUAAAGGACUUCAACGAGAAGUUAAACAGGCACAAGAUCUUAUACGUAGACCCAAUAAGCGUAAAAGUCCAUCAGGAGAAGAAAUCCAUAAAAAGCCAUCCAAAAAGCCUACAAGGAUUGAGCAGACAAAUAUUGAACCAUCCAAAAAGCCUAAAAGUCCAUUAGGAGAAGAAACCCAUCAUCAUAUAAGUAUUGAGCCAUCCAAAAAGCCUACAAGGAUUAAGCAGAUAAAUAAUGAACCAUCCGAAAAGCGUAAAAGUCCAUUAGGAGAAGAAAUCCGUCAAGCUUGGGAGAGAUUUUCUAUAAAUCUUGACAGUGUCUGUAAAAGUAAUCCAUCUUCUGGGAUGCUGUUUUCAUUUGUAGAAGGAAGUUUUGUUACUGCUCUUAGAAAGGGUGAGUGGAUUUUACUUGAUGAGGUGAAUUUGUCUCCUCCAGAAACCUUGCAAAGAAUAAUUGGUGUUCUAGAAGGGGAAAAUGGGGCACUGUGUUUAGCUGAAAGAGGUGAUAUUGAUUAUAUACACCGUCAUCCAAACUUUCGUAUAUUUGCUUGUAUGAAUCCAGCAACUGAUGCAGGGAAACGAGAUUUGCCCUUUUCAUUGAAGAGUAGAUUUACUGAAUAUUUUGUUGAUGAUGUUCUGGACAAUAAUGAUUUGAGUCUGUUUAUUAGUGAGUUCAUUAAUAGUGGCCAUAUAAAGCUGGUGAAUAAAAUUGUGCAAUUCUAUAAAGAAUCAAAAAAGGAAUCUGAAGAGAAGUUGCAGGAUGGUGCUAAUCAGAAACCUCAAUACAGUUUAAGGUCCCUUUAUCGCGCUCUAGAGUAUACAAGGAAAGCAGAGAGACAGUUUGGAUUUCAGAAGGCUUUAUAUGACGGCUUUAGUCUGUUUUUUCUCACAUUGUUGGAUGAAUCUAGUGCUGACUUGAUGAGGCAAAAAAUAUUGUCUCUUUUAUUGGGGGGGAAUAUGCCUUCAUGUGUUCCUUUUGACAAAUAUUUAAGUACCUUCAAAUCCGGCCGAGAUUCUAGCAAGGGAUAUGUUAUAACGGAAAGUGUCCAGGAGCAUCUUGGUAAUUUGGCUCGAGCUGUUCUAGUUAAGAGAUACCCUGUUCUCUUACAGGGACCAACGUCAAGUGGGAAAACUAGCCUUGUUCAGUAUCUUGCUUCUGUAACUGGGCACGAGUUUGUAAGAAUCAAUAAUCAUGAACAUACUGAUUUGCAAGAGUAUCUAGGUUCUUAUAUAACUGAUGCUAGUGGAAAGCUUGUUUUCAAUGAAGGUGUUUUGGUAAAAGCUGUAAGAAACGGUUACUGGAUUGUAUUGGAUGAGCUUAACUUGGCUCCCUCUGAUGUGCUGGAAGCAUUGAACCGAUUACUUGAUGAUAACAGAGAGCUUUUUGUUCCUGAACUGCAAGAAACAAUUAAAGCACAUCCAAAUUUCAUGCUUUUUGGAACUCAAAAUCCGCCUACACAUUAUGGUGGGAGAAAAAUGUUGUCACGGGCAUUUCGUAACCGUUUCAUAGAGAUUCAAGUUGGCGAGAUUCCUGACAACGAGCUGAGCACAAUAUUGGAGAAGAGAUGUAAAAUUCCAUUAAGUUAUGCCUCAAAAAUGGUUGAAGUAAUGAAGGAGCUUCGGAUGCAUAGACAGAGUAGCAGAGUCUUUGCUGGGAAACAUGGAUUUAUAACUCCUCGAGACUUGUUUCGUUGGGCUAAACGUUACGAGGAAUUUGGUAAAUCUCAAGAAUGCUUGGCUAAAAAUGGUUAUUAUCUUUUGGCAGAACGGCUACGGGAUGAGGAUGAGAAAUCUGUUGUUCAAGAAGUUCUGGAAAAACAUUUUCGGGUUAAACUAAACAUACAAAAUUUAUACGGUCAGAUAUUGUCUGAAGAGAGCUCUUCCAAUUCAAUUGUUGGUUUAGGAGGUUCGAAGAGUCUUGGACGUGUAUUCAUGACCAAAAGUAUGAAGAAGCUAUACUUCCUUGUGGAACGCUGCUUUCAACUACGUGAGCCUGUGCUACUUGUAGGGGAAACAGGUGGAGGGAAGACCACGGUUUGUCAGUUACUGCAUGCUCGUUUGCAGUUACUAAAUGCUAGUUUGAAGUUACAUAUCUUAAAUUGUCAUCAGUAUACAGAAACAUCUGAUUUUAUAGGGGGUUUUCGUCCUAUUCGAGACAAAUUUAGACUGAAUUCUAACUACGAAGAGAUGAUUGAACAGUUGAAGAAACUGAAGGCUUUUACAUGCUAUCCAAAAGACCACUUUAUUUCUUCUUGCAUAGAUCAAGCUUCUGCAACUAUUGAUCUACUGAAUCUUAUGAUAAGAGAAUAUAAAGAGGGUAAAGUUUGUGGCUUUAAUGUCAGCAAAGAAGACCUUUAUGCUUUUGAGCAAUUAAAGUUGAACCUCGGUGUAUUGCAUCAAAAGUGGCAGAGCAUAUUUGAGUGGGAAGAUGGUCCCCUUGUAAAAGCAAUGAAAGAUGGCAAUCUCUUUCUUGUGGAUGAGAUAUCAUUGGCGGAUGAUAGUGUACUUGAGAGAUUGAAUAGUGUGUUGGAGCCAGAAAGGACGCUAUCUUUGGCUGAGAAAGGAGGGCCUGAACUAGAGAAAGUUGUGGCACAUCCAAAUUUCUUUGUUCUUGCAACAAUGAACCCUGGUGGUGAUUAUGGUAAGAAAGAGCUGUCUCCAGCACUACGCAAUCGCUUCACAGAGAUAUGGGUUCCCCCUGUUAUUGAUUUAGAUGAGCUUCAAGGAAUUGCUAUGGAAAGAAUUUCCAAGUUUAAAGGCCCCACAUAUCAAGAAAGACUAUUACUCAUUGUUAAUGCUAUGAUUAGUUUUUGGGAGUGGUUCAACAAAUUACAUCCAGGGAGAAUGCUUACCGUCAGAGAUCUCAUUUCAUGGGUUGCUUUUCUCGAUAUAACGGGAGAAAGUUUAGGACCUGAACACGCACUUCUUCAUGGAGCAUUUCUUGUUUUGCUUGAUGGGUUAAGUCUAGGGACAGGAAUUUCAAAAACAGAUGCUGGAGAGCUUAGGGAGAGGUGUUUAUCCUUUCUUCUACAAAAGCUGAGGGUCGAUGAAAGUAAUUUACUAUAUUCAAAGCUUUCAAGAAUGGGAAACUAUGGUUGGGGUGAAUAUGGUGCCAACAUGGAUGUGUCACACAGUGAUGAUAAGAAACAUGAUGAUUUAUUUGGCAUCGAUCCGUUCUAUAUCAAGAAAGGUUUCAGCAGUUGUGAGGAGGGUGGGUUCGAAUUCAAAGCGCCAACCACCCGCAAAAAUGCCUUGAGAGUUUUGCGAGCUAUGCAGCUUCCAAAGCCUGUUUUACUUGAAGGUAGUCCAGGUGUGGGGAAAACGAGUUUAAUCACUGCCUUGGGAAAAUAUUCUGGGCAUAGAGUUGUACGGAUAAACUUAUCUGAGCAGACUGAUAUGAUGGAUCUGUUGGGGUCUGAUUUACCUGUGGAAAGUGAUGAAGGAAUGAAGUUUUCUUGGUCUGAUGGGAUACUACUGCAGGCCUUGAAGGAAGGCUGUUGGGUUUUGCUGGAUGAGCUUAAUCUUGCCCCACAAUCUGUUUUAGAGGGUUUGAAUGCUAUUCUGGACCAUCGAGCUGAGGUGUUUAUACCGGAGCUGGGUAAUACUUAUAAGUGUCCACCAUCAUUUAGAAUUUUUGCGUGUCAGAAUCCAUCACAUCAAGGUGGUGGCCGGAAAGGCCUUCCAAGAUCCUUCCUAAAUCGAUUUACCAAGGUAUAUGUGGAUGAGCUACUGGAGGACGAUUAUCUGUCCAUUUGCAAAUCAAAAUUUCCAAAUAUCCCGGAGCCUUUACUUUCAAUGUUAAUCUUAUUUAAUAAAAGGAUGCAUGAAGAAACUAUGCUGAAUCAAAAUUUUGCAAAGGAUGGCUUCCCAUGGGAAUUUAAUCUUCGUGAUGUGUUUCGAUCUUGUGAAAUAAUUGAAGGUGCACCGAAGCCUUUGGAAGCACAUUCCUUCUUGAACAUUGUCUACAUUCAAAGAAUGCGUACUGCAGCUGAUCGGAAGGAAGUCAUACAGGUCUUCAAGGAGGUAUUUAAGGUGAUACCGUAUAUAAAUCCGUAUCCUCGUGUUCAGCUCAAUUCAGAUAAUUUAAUUGUGGGCAAUGUUGCUAUUAAGAGGAAUGUCACCCAAUUUUAUACUGCCUCGAGCAGUCAGCUCCUGAUACAACCUAAAAUCUGUCAAAGUUUGGAAGCUGCAGCUCUUUGUGUAGAGCAUCAAUGGUUAUGUAUCUUGGUUGGCCCAUCAUGCUCAGGAAAAACUAAAUUGUUACGAUUACUAGCUGCCCUAACAGGCAAUGUACUGAAUGAAGUAAAUCUUUCAUCUGCAACUGAUAUUUCGGAAUUACUGGGAUCUUUUGAACAAUAUGAUGCCUUGCGUAACUUUCGUACAGUUGUUGCUCAAGUUGAGGGCUAUGUUAACGAGUACUGUAGUUUGCAACUGGAGGUUUUGAAUGGAGCAGCAUUUAAGGAAACAGAUUUAUAUAGAAGAUGGACUGAUUUUUCGUCGAAAUUUGACAUCAUAGCUUCUGCUUCAAAUUAUCUUGAAAACUGGAGGAAUAUAAUUUGUUCUCUUAGUUUGUUAGACGAGAUCAUUGAAAAACUAAAGUUGUUUAUAGAAAAUAAUUCUCUCUUCUUAUCUUAUUCAAUUCGGGAUCUUGAUUUUGUCAAGCAUACCAUUUUAAAACUGAAAGCAAAUGAUCAGAAAAAGUUGGUUUCCACAAAAUUUGAAUGGGUUACAGGAUUACUGAUCAAGGCAAUAGAGCGAGGGGAAUGGAUUGUACUGGAGAAUGCAAAUCUUUGUAAUCCCACGGUUCUUGAUAGGAUUAACUCUUUGGUUGAACCUAGUGGAUCAAUCACGGUCAAUGAGCGUGGAAUUGUUGAUGGCAACCCCUUGGUUAUCCACCCACACCAAAAUUUCCGCAUGUUUCUCACAGUUAAUCCUCGCUACGGUGAGGUUUCUCGAGCUAUGCGUAACAGAGGAGUUGAAAUAUUUAUGAUGGAGCCGUACUGGGCUUUGGAUGAUAUAAGUGGAAGCCUUGAGAUUUUCGAAUCCAAAGAUGUGAAGAGAUUUCUCAGUUUAGCGGGUAUCCCAUUUACUCAAUUGAUUGAUUCCAUGGCCAGAGCCCACAUGUAUGCUAAAAGUGAAGGUUCAAAGCUUAAUAAUGUUCACAUUACAUAUCUUGAACUUUCGCAUUGGGUCCAUCUUUUUUGGCAGCUUCUCAAGAACGGUUGUUGUCCCAUCUGGAGUCUACAAUUGAGUUGGGAGCAUACAUACCUCUCAUCAUUCUAUGUCGAAGGGGAACAAAUUAUCAAUUUUGCCAAAACACAAUUUUUAUCAGUAACUGGUUUGUCUAGAUAUGAUCCUUUGACAGACUGUCCCUUGGGCAUGUCAGGAGGAUGGCCAAUGACCUUAAAUUUAAGAGAUUAUAUAUAUUACUCAAAAGAAGCUUCAAUCAAACAGAAUUGCAUGUAUCUGGAGUUCCUGGGAACUCAAUUUGCAUCCCAACAAUAUCAAAUUGCUCAGAGAAGGUACUCAAGAGAUAGUUUGCAAACUACUGCUGAUCAUGGGAGGCCAUAUUUAAUGGAUAUGAGGAUGUUGCAUGAUAUUAUGUUUCCUAAGACUUCAAUUGGGAUAAUCACACACUCUGAAAGUGAAUUUGAGUUCGACUCAGAAUUGGCAAACAAAAUGCUCUUAUUUGCAGCCAAUUGGACAAUUGAACAGGCAACAGAAAGUGAUUUUAAGUUAUAUCUUCUCAGGUUUGAUUGGUUUAGUUCUCAGCUGCAGCCUUUCUGCCAGUUCUUUGGUUACUUCCACAAUCUUAUAGGACAGAUGAUUGAACAUCCUAUUUGGCAAUAUAUUUCAGACCGCAGGAAACUAGAUGUUGAUAUGCAGUUGAUGCCAUUGUUAUCACUUGAUUUAGUUGAUUUGGCAGCACCAAAUAGUGAAAUUAAAUAUCUCUGUAAUGCCAUUCGUUGCUUCGAUCAGCUAAGGUUAACUAACCAGCAAUGGAUUACUGAGAGGCAGUAUAGUUUUACAGAUGCAAUGGGUUGCUUUGGUCCAGUUUUAAAGUCUCUCCAUGCGUUGGAAAAAGAAUUCCUUAGUAAACUUGUGGAGUCAACUCCUAAGCUAAUUGAAGAUAAAUCUUUUGAUGAUAUAAUACAGUUAUACUCUGACCUUAUUGAGGAUCAUGUUUUAUUCUGGCGUUACUUCAGUUCUUCAAUGUUUGACCAGAUGGUGAUUUCUUGGCAUUCUUUGCUGAAAGAUGCUGCGAAGUUUAUGACUAUCUGUCCUAAAGCUGUAAACCAUUUUUUGGUGGAAAGCGAAAAAUUGAAAAAAAUUUCAUCAGAAAAGUCCUUGCUGUGGAUUCAUGGUGGUCACCCAUUUUUGCCCACCUCGUCUGAUUUACAUGAUAAACAUCAGCAGCUUCUAAAAUUGUAUGAAGCACUUUGGCCUAGGAAGAGAGCAAACAACAGUAAUCAAGGAAUGUUGAGCAGCCAUCAUGUCGAUGCUGUCGUAGCUUUUGAUCAUGACCUUCGCUUCCUUGUAUUGCAAGAUAUCUCCAACUCCUCGUUUAUGAUAGCAAAACGGAGUCAUGAAGAUGAUGGUGCUCAUAUUAUUGAGAAGUUAGACGAGGCAUAUCAGGUUCUGUUAGGAAGGUUAGAACAUGAACAGCACAAGUUGCAAACGAAUACUGGAUCUAAAGAUCUUUCAGCCUAUGCUGAUAGUCUAGCUUCUUGUUGUUUGUCAACACCGGAAUUGUUGUGCCAAAACUCUGUAUCUGAGGGAUGGCAGGAUACAUUUCCUCCAGCAGACGCUACCAGUCUAUUCAGGGACAUGGAGUUACUAAAGGAGCUCUCAUCUGUGCCUUUGGACGACCUUGAAGGCUUACACCAAGUUGUGGGACGUCUUUCCUACCUUUUGGACUCUGCUUUAAAAUUUUCUCUGAGUUUCUCAUCAAGACCCCCACAAAUGUUUUCUCCACAUCAAAAGAUCUCGUGGACCUUGAAUGCAUGGACUUCAAUGGAUGCAGUGAAUAUUAAAAUUGCAAGCUUUAUUCUGGAGAUGUGGUUUAACUGGCAUGAAUCUUUGUGGGCAUGUUUACCUGAUUUUGUGAAGAAUUUCUCAAAGAUCGAAGGUUUUGAUAAUAUCAGUAUUGCACUACCCCACAUGCUCAUUCAGCCUGUGUGUGCUUCAACUGUUUUACAGAUCACGGAAAGCUCACAUGCUAUCAAGGAGUUUUGGGUGCAAUGUCUGAAGUGUAGAGUUUCCUUGUCCAAUUUGUGGAAUUCCUCUCACCCUGGGGCAUAUUUGCCUAAAUUUCUUUUGUCUGCUGCUCGUUCCCUUUUUCUGCAAAUUAUUUAUGCGCACAGAAAAUCGUUUGAUGCAGAUCAAUAUGCUGGAAUUAAAUAUAACUUUUCUUCUUUCGAGAGAAAUAUGGCUACAGAAGAAAGCAUCCAUUUGGUGAGCACCCUUGUUGCUUCAUCACGACACCACAGAUUGAAAAACUCCGUAAAUAAGUUCAUUGUUCCUCUGCUUAGGGAGCUGUAUCUUCACUCCACUACUGCUGAUUUCAAUUUCAAUUAUACGAUUGGUUGUGGAUGGGCACACAUUGGAGCUUUACGCAUUCAUCUCUUGCUUAGCUAUAAUGAGGUUGAUCCUGCCAUGAAGUACUAUUGCAAGUACACUCAGCUUGAAGAAACAAUAUCAUCACUUGAACUUGAAAUUCAGGUGCGGAAAGAGUGUGGGUAUUUAGCAGGACAGUUUUUGACAGUAGAAGCUGAUAAAAGGAAAGCUGAACGGCUAGAAAAGCUUCAAGCAGAGCGUAAAAAGCUGCAAAGAAAGAUUGUGUUUCGCUCUGAAUCCUGGAAAUACAAGAAGUUAAUGAAUGAAUGCGAUGAGUUUCUCAAACAUGUUGCUGCUUUGGAAGUUCUGGUCGGUAAUUUUGAAGCAGAGGAUCUACAACAGGUUAUCGACCGCACUCACAGUUGGCAGGAAACAGCAAUGUGUUUCAUUAAUCGAUUGACGGAUGAGUACACAGCAUAUAAUGACAUUAUUCAACCCAUUCAAGUCGCUGUGUAUGAGAUGAAAUUUGGGUUAUCACUGGUUCUGUCAAGCACCUUGGAGAAAGAAUAUUUGAGAAAAGUUGGGCAUGAAAACAUCAACCUGAUUAUGGAAAUGAUAUAUGUACUUAUGCGCUUCCCCCGAGCUGUGUCAUGCAAGUUCAUUUCCAUUGAGUAUGUUGGAUUAGACUGGCAUCCAUCAUACAAGCUAGAUUUUGGGGAAGACUUUAAUUUGAAUAUGGGUUUGAUGGAAAGGCUUAAUAAUCUUUCAAGUGGCGUUUCUACAGAUAAGAAGGUAUCUGUGAUGCGAUAUAGAGCUGCCAUCUAUUGGAACAUUCUCGUUCAAAUUGCAUAUUCUAUAUCAAAUGCAAAAAUAAUCGACCGUGAAUCUUAUAUGCAUUUGCAAGAGAUAUUUUACGAGUUUGCCAGCCUUUGGAUGAGUAUGAAAGGUUAUGCAAAAUCAAAAAGCGAAUAUGAUGCUCAACAGUUCAAGUUUAAGUCUCGAGCAUUCCAAAUUGAGAGUGUUAUUGAUGUUGAAAUACCAGCUCUUGCAAAUUCAAGUGCAACUGAAGCAUUUUCUGAAUGGAAAGAAUUUUCUUAUGAAGAAAAAUCCACGGACAAAAUGGAAUCCUCAGAGGAAUAUGAAAUAUCGGACGAAGAAUGGAAGUACCUGGAAGAGUCUAUCCUCGACAAUGUGGUUCUCAUUCACACUCAGUUAUUUGGAUCUGGUGAUCUAGUCCAAGAUCCCGGAAUCUUCAAAAUUUCUGACGAAGAUCGGUUGCAUUCCUUCAGCGAGUCAUAUAAAUUGGGUAUCAAUUUAAUCAAAGGUGUCCACUCUCCAAAUUUGGCCAGUUUAGAUGCUAAACUGAUUCCAGAACAUUUAUUUUAUCUCUGUAUUGACUAUAGAAGAAAGUUUCUUUCGUCAUCCAAAUCAGCUAAUAGAUUCAAUUUUUAUAAGGAUUCAAAUGCUCAUGAGAUUGAACAAAUGCUGAAGGUACUUGCACCACUAAGACAGCAGGUUUUCUCUCUUCUAAAUGAGUGGGAAGAACAGAAUGAUCUUCAGAAAUUUCUGGAUGUCAUUGACAUGCUCCUGACUCUUCCAUCUGAUAUCCCUCUAGCGAAGGUUUUUUCGGGGUUGCAGUUUUUACUUCACAAGGCUCAAGUUAUGCAAGAAAAUAAUUCAAAGUUCUCCUUCUCAAAUCAGUUGAAAUCUGUUUUUGAUCUGAUGUCAUCAUGGCAAAAGAUGGAACUGGGUUCUUGGCCCACACUGCUUGAUGAGGUGAUAGAUCAAUAUGAGAACAAUGCUAAAAAAUUGUGGUUUCCUCUAUACUCGCUUCUUCUACCCAGUACUUCUGAUAUUCCAUCCAGUACUUCUGAUCAAGCAAUUGUCCAAAGCCUGGAGGACUACAUUCAGACCUCCAGUAUUGGGGAAUUCGGGAAACGUCUUCAGCUUCUUUAUGCUUUCCUUGGUCAAAACCAUAUGAGUGCAUGCCUGAAAAAUAAUUCCAGUCGUCCUUGUUGGAUGGAACAGUCAACAUUCUUGUUCUUGUACAAUAUUUUUGGAUAUUACGUGCAGUUCUUACCAAUUGUAUCGAAGUACAUUGAUGCUAGUAGGAAAGAAAUUUUAAUUGAACUGAAAGAAUUGGUGAAACUAUGUCGAUGGGAGCAUGAUAAGAGUUAUUCAUCAAUUGAAAACUUGAAAAAGAGUCGGCAGAAGCUGAAAAAACUUAUACAGAAGUAUACCGAUAUUCUGCAAGAAUCUUUUCAAAAUGUUCUACAUAGAGGUUCAAUCAGUAACGCUUCUGAUUUGCCAUUGUUCAGUGAUGAAAACAGGUCAAUGUGGUUUGAAAACUGCAGCAUGGCGCUAGACAAUGCUUUUCAGAAUUUGCAUCUUAAGAAAACAUCAGCAUAUGAUGUUUUGAUUUUACAGCAGAAAAAUGUUGAAGGAAAUUCUGAGAAACUGGCAUUUUGUACCGAUAUUGGAAGCAUAUUGAGAUCUUGUGAUUCCCAGCAUACACUUUACCUGGAAGGAUGGAAAGAUGCAUGGCAUACGGUUGAAAAUAUUUAUAUUAAAGCAGUGGAUUCCGGUAACGUUUGGAAGGACGAUAAGCAUGGUCAAAGGAAGAGAAGAACUUUGUCUGAUCUUCUCGACCUUUUAAGAAGUAGUGGGUUGCCUCCCAACAAGUUAACUGAUAAGGACCAGCGUAAAGAUUGGUGGUUCCUUGAGCUUUCUGGGAACAUGCAAUGUCUACUUCUAGAAAAUAGUAGAUUCGCUAGUCCAUCAUCCUUGGAAAUUGAUGUUAAAGUCAAAGAUAUUGAUGUCCCUGAAGAAAGCUCGCUUAGGGAGUGGAAGACAGCUAUUGAGCAUUACUUUAAGAGUGUUACGUCUGUGCUUCUUCUGCAGGAGACAUGCCAAAAUCCUCAUAAAGAUAUAACUCUUGAACAGGUUAAUAGGUCCAGUUCUUUCGUCAGUCAGCUUGUCCAGAUACAAAAGAAGCAACUUGCGGAUGCCAGUGCAUUUGGCGAGAAAUUGAAAUGCUUUAGAGAAUGUGCAUCUACUAUGGGAAAGUUGUUUUCAUUUUCCUCUCCCACUAAUAACAAUACAAGUUAUAUGUGCUCUAUUGUUCCGAAUCAGCUUGCUACUUACAAAUGCAUGUGGCAACAGAAGCAAUUAUUUGAUAGUCUGUGUGCUGUAUCAAAUGGAGAAUUACUCUUACUAAGGACAAUAGUAAAUAGCCAUUUAAACACUUGUCAAAGAACAAGACCUUCAGUGAGUGAGAUGACUGCUUCCAUUGAAGAAUUCUUACCAGUGUUCUGUAAAUCAAAGGAAUCCUUGGAUUGUUACCUAAUUGGGGGGUCGAAAGCUGUCACUGCAGUUGCUUCUUCAUGUCUUUUUGUUGUUACUCAAGAAAUGGAGCAGCUGGUAUAUGAAAAUUUCAAGGUGAUAAAGGAUUUUAAGAAUGAUUUUCUUGUACCACAAGAGCAGGGUACAGAUAGCAGCUCAGUUAAAAAUGUUCUGAUUCAUCAUUUUCAAGAAAUAAUUAACAAGGCAAAAAUAAUUGAGGAAGAAUUUACCACUGCAAUAAAGGCAAAUUCUAGUCCUGUAGAUUCAUCUGAGAAGGACCGUUUUUGCAAAAGACAGUGUGCGGAGCCUAAUACUAAGUUUGAUAAAGCCCUCGAGUCCACAUAUAAACACAUUGCAUCGGUGUUGCAGAAUUUAUGUUCCCCAUGCACUAUCCCUAGUGUUGAAGAGCCCAUGAAAAAAAUUGGUUCAGGGAAAGUGCUAUUUGACGGUUCAUGGAAAGUGCUAUUUGACUCAUUUGAAUCGUUUACCUCAAAUCUUGACAUCAACAUGCUAUGUGAUGAUCUUUUAAAAACAAUCACUUUUGGGGAGGAUCUGGUGAAUUGUUGUGACAAUAAAAUUUGCAGUCAUUCUUGCAAAGUAGGAGUUCAUUUUCAAAAUCUUCAUAUGCUCGUGGAUCUAUUACUGAAAUUCAGUGACGAGCUCUUGAAAAAUUUCUUAGCUAUGCACAGAUCAGUAGCAGUAACAACUCAUGUGAUUGCAAAUGUUCUAGUUUCUUUAUUUUCAAAAGGUUUUGGAACAUCAGCAGAAAACAAUGAGGAAGAUGGAACCGUCAAUACAUCUGAAGAUGCAACUGGGACUGGCAUGGGGGAAGGUGUUGGAUUAAAUGAUGUCAGUGAUCAGAUCACUGAUGAAGAUCAGCUGCUGGGAACACGUGAACAGCAAAAGGAAAAGCAAGAGGACUCCAACGAAGUGCCAAGUAGCAAUAAAGAAGGCAUUGAGAUGGAUCAGGAUUUUCAGGCUGAUGCAGUAAGCCUCAGUGAGGAGUCUAGUGAAAAUGAAGACUGUGAUGGUGAGAAUGAGGAGCUUGAGUCUGAAAUGGGUCCGACGGGACCAGAUAGUGAAGCAGUUGGAGAGAAAAUUUGGGAUCAGAAUGAAGAUGAGGCUCCUAAAGAUACAAAAGAAAAGUUUGAAUCAGGACCUUCAGUUAAGGAUAAAGACGGAAGCAACAAGGAGUUAAGAGCCAAGGAUGACUCUACCAUCAAUGAAGCUGGGGACGAUAGUUGUGAUGAAGGUGAUGCUCAGAAUGAUGAAGCUGUAAACCAGAAUGAAUUUGAUGAUGAAGAAAAUGCAGAAGAGGUAAAUAUGGACAUAGAAGAAGCAUAUUCUGAUGCUACUGGAUUGAAGCCAGAUGAACCAGAUCAUUCUUCUGACCUGGAGAUGGAUUUGAAUGCAAAUGAAGAUGUGGAUCCUGUUGAAGAGGGAGAUCCGGAAGGGGGGCAGAAUGAUUCAGCUGAGAAUGAGAACCAGGAUAAUGAGACAUGCCCACCUGAUGAGAUUAUGGAAGAAGCAUGUACUGAAGUUGAUGUUUCUUCUGAAAAAGAUGAUCUAGGUCAGGAAAAUCAAGAGAAUGGUGACAUGAAUUCCGCGGAACCAAAGAAAGAUACAUCUGAAUCUUCUGAUGUGGUUAAUGCACAAGUUUCUCCUGUUGAUUUAGCAUCACAGUCCAAGAGUGAUUUGCAGACAUCUGGUUCCGAAAAUAUAGCAUCAGAGUCAAAUUGGUCAAAUAGCCAUCAUGACUUUGACAACCCUGCUCUCACGGGAGGCUUUCCUUCUAGCGAUAUGUCUGAGAUGGAUCUUAAGAUGUCAGACUCCUCAAAUACUGGGGGAUAUAGUAAAUCUCAACCUAAAUCAAACCGUCCACAGCACGAUCAUUCAUUUUCUCAAGAAAAACAAACUAAUCCUUCCCGAAGUACAGGGGAUGCACUUGAUUUAAGGAAAGAAAGAAUAAAUGUAUCUGGCGAUCUCCCUGAGGAUAACCUAGAGAAUCAUGGUGACAUGGAUGAUGAUAAUGCCGAUGAGUAUGGAUAUGUUUCUGAAUUUGAAAAGGGGACAACUCAGGCUUUGGGACCUGCAACGUUGGAACAGGUUGAUAGAAACAUUGAUGGUGAUAUGCUGGAUACUGAAGGUCGUGUUGGAGAAGAUGCAAAUUUGCAGUUUGAGAAGGAGAAAUCAGAAAUAGAUUCUGUAAGUAAUUCUUCCUUACUCCCCAGAAAUGAAAAAAGGGAUCAAUCGAAUAUGCCAGCCACAGCGAAGUCUCAAGAUGAUGGAUACGUGAAUCCUCUUGCUAGUGCAAAUAUUGAUCCUGAAAGUCGUUCGGAAGAUGUAGUUUCUAUCAGUAGAUCAUACUUGAGUGAGAACACACAUAAAUUAAGCCAACUUUCUGUACAUGGUGUGCAUGAUGAGGAAUUGGGAAAUUGCCAUGAACCUUGCGACGUUCCUGAUCAUGUCAAAGAUAUUGCUGCUGCUCUCUGGAGAAGAUUUGAACUUAGCACUACAAAGUUAUCUCAGGAAUUGGCUGAGCAGUUGCGUCUUGUAUUGGAGCCCACGGUGGCCAGCAAACUCCAAGGGUAUUAUAAAACAGGAAGAAGGAUACAUAUGAAAAAGGUAAUACAAUUCAUAGCAAGUUAUUUCCGUAUGGAUUUAAUAUGGCUUAGGCGGACCAGACCCAACAAACGUGAUUACCAAGUCGUGAUUGCUGUUGAUGAUUCACGUAGCAUGUCGGAGAGCUGCUGUGGUGAUGUUGCAAUUGAAGCUUUGGUUACAGUAUGUCGUGCUGUUUCUCAACUCGAAAUGGGGAGCUUGGCCGUUGCGAGCUUCGGAACAAAAGGGAACAUAAAUUUGCUGCAUGAUUUUGAUAGGCCAUUCACUGGAGAGGCUGGGGUUAAGGUUAGCAGGAUUUAUACAAGUCUAAUUUUUUUUCUCCCUUUUUUGACCUUGAUAUGUGUUCAUUUGUUGACUAUGUUGAAAGUAUCUGAUUGUUUGUUUUUGACUGAGGAACAGAUGAUCUCCAAUUUGACGUUCCAGCAAGAGAAUACCAUUGCCGAUGAACCAGUUGUUGAUCUGCUGAAAUUUUUGACCAACAAGCUAGAUGCUGCAGUUGUAAAAGCACGUCUUCCGUCUGGACAUAACCCCCUACAGCAACUUGUUUUAAUAAUUGCAGAUGGUCGUUUUCAUGAAAAGGAAAACUUAAAGCGGUGUGUUCGAGAUGCAAUAGCCAGUAAUCGAAUGGUUGCUUUCUUGCUUCUUGACAACUCUCAGGACUCAAUAAUGGAUCUCAUGGAAGCAUCCUUUGAGGGCGGAAAGAUGAAAUUUUCUAAGUACAUGGAUUCCUUUCCCUUUCCCUAUUAUAUUGUUUUGAGGAACAUUGAAGCACUGCCUAGGACCCUUGCAAACCUACUGAGACAGUGGUUGGAGCUUAUGCAGUAUUCAAAUUCAAAUUACUGAGUGUGGUUUUGAAGACUCAUUGAAGACAUUAAAAAUCCAUUUGAGUUCAAGAAUGCAGAUUUAUAUUGAAGUGGGAUUAGAAAAAGUUAUUGGGUUACUUGGGUCUGAAAUAUUUUUGUAUAUGAAAAGUACACGAAAUUGUAUAGUAAUUAAUAACAAUUCCACAGUUGUACAAUCCAAUGUACUGAUUCUACUCCAAUUAAUAACAAUUAUUCAGUUGUAACCAAUUUGUUACCAACAAUUAUCAUGUUUGCUGCAUUCAA